CUGACAGGGACCACCUCACAUGCGUGCUGCGUUCUCUCUGGAGUAGAAGCGGCGAGAGGCUUUAGCUUCGGCGCGGAUGGACCGGCAGGAUUGGUAGAAAUAAAUAAAACAAACCUCGAUAUUUCUUCGAAUUUCGUCCUGCUAGCGAGCCGCGACAAUGCCGGCGUACUUUCAAAGACCGGAGAACGCUCUGAAAAGAGCUAACGAGUUUCUUGAGGUUGGCAAGAAGCAGCCAGCUUUGGAUGUGCUGUACGAUGUCAUCAAGAGCAAGAAGCAUCGAACAUGGCAGAAGAUCCACGAGCCGAUUAUGCUCAAGUACCUGGAGCUCUGUGUGGACCUUCGCAAGAGCCACCUGGCCAAAGAGGGCCUGUACCAGUACAAAAACAUCUGUCAGCAGGUGAAUAUAAAGUCUCUGGAGGAUGUGGUUCGUGCCUACCUGAAACUGGCUGAGGAGAAGACUGAGACAGCCAAGGAGGAGUCUCAGCAAAUGGUGUUGGACAUUGAGGACUUGGAUAACAUUCAGACCCCAGAGAGUGUGCUGCUGAGUGCAGUGAGUGGGGAGGACACUCAGGACCGUACUGACCGCCUGCUGCUCACUCCUUGGGUCAAGUUCCUGUGGGAGUCAUACCGCCAGUGUCUGGACCUUCUGAGGAACAACUCCAAAGUGGAGAGGCUGUACCAUGACAUCGCUCAGCAAGCUUUCAGGUUCUGCCUGCAGUACACCCGUAAGGCAGAGUUCCGCAAGCUCUGUGAUAACUUGCGUAUGCACCUGGGCCAAAUCCAGAGGCAUCACAACCAGAGCACGGCCAUUAACCUGAACAACCCCGAGAGCCAGUCCAUGCACCUGGAGACUCGUCUGGUGCAGCUGGACAGCGCUAUUAGCAUGGAACUGUGGCAGGAAGCUUUCAAGGCAGUAGAGGACAUCCAUGGGUUGUUCGCUCUCUCUAAGAAACCUCCAAAGCCCCAGUUGAUGGCCAACUACUACAACAAGGUGUCCACAGUGUUUUGGAAGUCUGGUAAUGCUCUGUUUCAUGCCUCCACCCUGCACCGGCUCUACCAUCUCUCCAGGGAGAUGAGGAAGAACCUUACCCAGGAGGAGAUGCAGAGGAUGUCAACACGCGUCCUCUUGGCCACUCUGUCCAUUCCCAUAACCCCUGAGCGCACUGAUAUCGCACGCUUGUUGGAUAUGGAUGGCAUCAUCGUGGAGAAACACCGCAGACUGGCCACUUUGCUCGGCCUGCAGUCCCCACCCACUCGCCAGAGCCUUAUCAAUGACAUGGUGAGGUUCAAUCUUCUCCAGUACAUUGUUCCUGAAGUCAAGGAGCUGUACAGCUGGCUGGAGGUGGACUUCCAUCCCCUGAAACUGUGUGGAAGAGUCACCAAGGUGUUGAGCUGGGUGAGGGAGCAGGCUGAGAAGGAGCCUGACUUGCAGCAGUAUGUUCCUCACUUGCAGAACAACACUAUCCUCCGUUUGCUGCAGCAGGUGGCUCAAAUCUACCAGAGCAUUGAAUUCAGCAGGCUGGCCUCUCUCGUGCCAUUUGUGGAUGCCUUUCAGCUGGAGCGCUCCAUUGUAGAUGCUGCACGCCAUUGUGACCUGCAGGUGCGCAUUGACCACACGUCCAGAACGCUGAGUUUUGGCUCAGACCUGAACUACUCUACUAAAGAAGAUGCACCUGUGGGGCCGUUCCUGCAGAACAUGCCUUCUGAACAGAUCCGUAACCAACUGACAGCCAUGUCCUCCUCCCUGGCCAAGGCUAUUCAGGUCAUCAAACCUGCUUCUAUUCUGCAAGAGCGAGAGGAGCAUCACCAACAGGCCAUCGCAGCGUACCUGAAGAACGCCCGCAAGGAGCACCAGCGCAUCCUUGCUCGUCGCCAGACCAUCGAAGAGCGCAAGGAACGCCUGGAGAGUCUGAACAUCCAGCGAGAGAAGGAGGAGCUGGAGCAGCGCGAGGCUGAGCUCCAAAAGGUGCGGAAGGCUGAGGAGGAGCGUCUGCGACAGGAGGCCAAGGAGAGGGAGAAGGAGCGCAUCAUGCAGGAGCACGAGCAGAUCAAGAAGAAGACUGUGCGCGAGCGACUGGAGCAAAUCAAGAAGACCGAGCUGGGAGCCAAGGCCUUCAAAGACAUCGACAUUGAGGACUUGGAAGAAUUGGACCCAGACUUCAUCAUGGCCAAACAGGUGGAACAGUUGGAGAAAGAGAAGAAGGAGCUGCAGGAGCGCUUGAAGAAUCAGGAGAAAAAGAUUGAUUACUUUGAGAGGGCCAAGCGACUUGAGGAAAUCCCCCUGAUUAAAAAGGCCUAUGAAGAACAACGUGUCAAAGACAUGGAGCUGUGGGAGCUCCAAGAGGAGGAGAGGAUCAGCAACAUGAAAGUGGAGCGUGAGAAGGCUCUGGAACACAAGAAGAGGUUGUCUAGAAUGGUAGAAGACAAGGAGAACUUUGUAUCUAAAAUAACAGCUGCCCGAAGCUUCAUCUAUGAGGAAAAACUGAAGCAGUUCCAGGAGCGCUUGGUAGAGGAGAGGAAGAAGCGCCUCGAGGAGCGUAAAAAACAGCGUAAAGAAGAGCGAAGAAACGCCUUUUACCGGCAGAAAGAGGAGGAGGCCCAGAGGAUUCGUGAGGAACAGCUGAAGAAAGAGCGUGAGGAGCGCGAGCGCCUGGAGCAGGAGCUGAGGGAGGAGGAAGAGCGUGAGUACCAGGAGCGCCUGCGCAAGCUGGAGGAACAGGAGAGGAAGCAGCGUGCCAGGCAGCAGGAAAUUGAGGAGCGCGAACGCCGCAAAGAGGAGGAGAGGAAAGUGCCAGAGGAGAAGGGCAGCAAAGACUGGGGUGAGAAAGAAGAGGGUGGCUGGAGGAGGCGUGGAGAAGGGGAGUCAGAAUGGCGACGCCCCGUUUCUGACAACAGGGACUGGCGUCAAGAAGGCCGUGAAGACAACGACCGUGAGGAACGUGAGCCGCCCUUCCGAAGAGGAGGUGAUGGCCCCCGUCGUGGAGGUUCUGAUGACAGAGGCCUCCGUCGUGGCUUUGAAGACGAACGAGGUCCACGGCGCAGCGGUGAUGAUGAUCGUGGACCACGACGAGGCUUUGAUGAUGACCGUGGACCCAGACGGGGCUUUGAUGAUGACCGCGGCCCCAGACGUGGCUUGGACGACGACCGUGGCCCCAGACGUGGCUUGGACGACGACCGCGGCCCCAGACGUGGCUUGGAUGACGACCGUGGCCCUAGAAGGGGCUUUGAUGAUGACCGCGGCCCCCGCCGUGGCGUGGAUGAACCCAGAGGCCCUAGACGCGGUGCCGAUGAUGACUGGGGCCCCAGGAGAGGAGGUGAUGAUGAGAGAGGAGGCCGUAGAGGCAUGGAUGAUUCUGCUCCACGCCGCGGUGAUGACUCCAAGCCAUGGAAACCUUCAGGUAGACCAGGAGGGUGGAGAGAGAGGGAGAAGGCUCGUGAGGAGAGCUGGGGUCCUCCCCGUGAGUCUCACGGUCAUGAUGAUGAUGAUGAUCGUGAGGAAGACCGCCAUGAGGGAGACCGUUACAGAGACCGUCGUCCACCCAGGGAAGAAGGAGGCUGGAGGAGGGGUGGUACUGAUGAGUCAUCCAGCUGGCGUGACUCUCGUCGUGAGGACUUUGACAGAGAUGAGCGCCGCGAUCGACGUGAUAUGAGAGACCGCAGAGACGACCGUGAGCGUGACCGUGAUCGUGAACAUAGAGGCCCCCCCAGAGAACACGAUGAUGGAGGGUCCUGGCGUCGCGGCGGCGAUGACCGGCGGGAGGAGCGUAAGGACGAUAGAGAUGCUCCUCCUAGACCUCGUGAGCGAGAUGGGGAGAGGAGUUCCUGGCGCUCUGACAAAGACAAAGACAACCCGCGCCGCACCAAGAACGAGACCGAUGAUGAUGGCUGGACCACGGUCCGCCGCUAAAGGCUCAAAGCAUCUCCUUAUGGCCUCCACAGCCUUGAUCUAUUCUCUAAUCUCUUUAGUAUUGUGACGAUAACUUCUCUGGCAUACGUUAACAAAGCUGUCGCAUAGUUAUGAAAUCCGAAUUGUCAUGCCAAACAUGGUGAGGGCCUUUUUGAAAAACAGCUUGACUUCGAGCUCAAAGUAGAUCAUUCCCCUUUUGUUGUGCAUGGUCAGAGCAUUAAAUUGGUCUGACUCAAAAAACAUCGUGUUUUUUCCUGAACCAGUGUGGGGGAACAUGGGGAGAUUCUAUAAAGAUAAAACGAAUUAAAUAAAUAAUGACCUCAGAUGUGUUGUGAUGACUUCUGGUGUUGAAAGUUGUCAAUCUUUUAUCACAGUUGAAUCCUCACUCUGGCUGCUGCUUCUCCCAUGGUUGUGUGCUUUUUAGAAUUAUGAAAACUUUAUUAAUAAAGUCAUUUGCUCAACAAAU